AUGUUAUUGUUAUUAGCAACAUCAUUAUUUAGAAAUGGUUAUACAGAUUUUUGGAUUAUUAUAUAUGUAUACAACAUUAAAAAAGACAUUGUAAUCCUUAAUUAAUUUGCACUUGUUUCAAUGUUAAUUUUUUGCAUUACUCAAUUUAAUAGUGUUCAUAAAAAAUCAUAUGAACAAACUGUUAUAGAAUUAGUAGUAAUGAUUAUAUAUGAUGUCUAUUUGCAGUACAAAAAUUAUAAAAAGAGACAAAAAUCAAAUUCAAAUGAAUAUCAAAGGCAAUUUAAUAUUAAUCAUUAAGAAAUAAAACGAAAUUGGUAAAUAUCAAAUAUAUCAGAUGUUAACAGUCAAAAUAAAGAGAAAAAUUCAAGAUCAAUGAAUUAAAGCAUUCAAAAUGAAUUUAAUUAUUAGAUUUACUAAGCAUAAGAUUCGAUUCCAAGUUUAAAAGAUAUAUUAUCUCCUGAAUGGAAGAAAACAUAUUUUUGUUAUUCAACUGAAGAAUUACUAUAAAUUUAUGAUAAAGAAAAUUCAAAUUUAUUUUAUAUUCUAUAUAUAACAACGGAGAGAAACUGUAAAGAGAUAUAUAGAGUUUAAAUAACUAGAAAUAAGAGAAAAGAUUAUAUAUUGAAUUUUAAAAAAUUAGAUAGUCUUUUAUAUUUUAAAUUGAAAGGAUCAAAGAGAAGAUUUCGUUAACAUUUAAGUUAGAUAUUUUCUCACAAAUUGAAGACUCCAUUAAAUCAAUCAAUGGCAAAAAUAACAUCAAUGUUAACUGAUAUAAAUGUACUUCCAUAUUAAAAGUUAAUAUUGUCUCAAAUAUAUAUUUAAUAGAAAUGCUAAUUAUAUGGGAUUUUGGAUUUCUUAGAUUUUGUAAAUUUAGAUUCAUUGACAUUUCAACCUUCUCGUGUAACAUUGAAUUAAAUAGUAUAAAAUUCUAAGGAUUUAAUUAGAGAGUAAUGUAAAGCUAAGUAAAUAGAGUUAGAUAUUUAGAUUGAGAAUGUGCAAUAUAAAGAUUAUAAAGGGUAUGAAUGUAGAAUAAUAGUAGAAUGAUUUGUUUUUAUACUGAUUCUUUGAAAUUAGAAAGAAUUCUAUAUAAUUUGUUAAAUAAUGCUUAUAGACAUUCAAAUUAGAAUGGAUAGAUACUUUUAAGAAUAGAAUUGUAUUAAGGAUAAGUAAAUUUUGGAAUUAAAGAUUCAGGAAUAGGAAUGACAAAGGAAAUGAUAGGAGAUUUUAAUUUAUAAUUUAAAUAUCAUGCAAAUGCUUAAAAUUAAAUAAAAAGAUGUUGGGCACACAAAUUAGGAACUAGUUUAUUAGUAACUAAUAAAUUAAUUCAUAUAUUAAAUGGGAAUAAGGGUUAUUUAGAGAUUGAUAAUGAAUUUGAUAAGGAAUUUAGAUUUUCUAUUUUGUAGGAAUUAAAUAUAAAUAAAGGUUUAACUGAUAUAGGAUUUGGUAGUCUAAGUUCAGAUAGAUCAGAAAUGAAUUUGUUAAUUAAUUAAUAAGAUCACAUAGAUGAAAUUUAAGAAGAAACAGAACAAAUAGGAUGUGAACCAAAGAGUUAAGAAAUAAAAAUAGAAUAAUUAAAACAUUUAAGUGAUAAUAAAUACUCAAAUGUAUAAUAAUAAUCUUCAUCACAGAUAUAAAGUAAACAUUCUUAAUUGUGUAUUAAAAGAUCUUCAUCCAUCUUUGAUGUGAAUUCAUUUCUGAGAUAAUUUAGUUUUAAAGAUGCUGGAAUAGAUUCUAAUUAAGAUAUAAUAGUUGAUAAAGAUUAAUAAAUAAUGAUUGUUGAUGAUGAACCAUUUAAUCAUGAUGCACUUAUAGUCAUGUUAAAAAGACUUGGAUAUUCAAAUUUCAUUCAUGCUUAUGAUGGAAGACAAUGUAUUACUAAGACUUAAGAAAAUCAUUUAAAGAUUAAGUUGAUUUUUAUGGAUUUAGAUAUGCCUAUUUUAAAUGGAUUUAAGUAAUGUAUUAAUAAUAUUCUGAAGAACUACAUAAUUACUUAUUGAAUUAAUGAAAUCUAAUUAAAUUACCAAAAUACCAAUUAUAGCAUGUACUGCUCAUGAUGAUUAUGAAACUGAAAAAUAAUGCAAGAAUCUUGGUAUGCUCGAUAUUAUUAUUAAACCUGUUUUUAUGAGGUCACUUUAAACUGUUAUUAAAAAUAUUCCUAAAACCCUUUGA